CUUCCUUCCCUGUCCCUUGGUGACCAGAGAUCAGCAGCAGGGGGCUGAGGGGCAGCCAUUGCAGAAUCUCAGAGGCUGCAAACCCCUCACACCUUCACCAACCCUUCCUGGGCACAGAAGUGACCUCCAGACUUUCUCCCAUCUCAUCUCAGGAUGCCCCCAACCACCCCACCACCAGAAAACAGCCUCAAAUUGCCCCUCGAGGGAAAUUGGAGGGAGAGGGAGAGCGGGGGAGGUGGAGAGGAGGGCUGACAAGAGGAGGAAAGUGGGAGGUGGAGAGGGGGAUAAGGGGUGGAGGGGAGGAAGGUGGAGGUACAGAUAGAGAGGGAGGAGGAGGGAGAUUGGAGGUGGGGUUUGAAGGUAGAAGGGGUGGGAAGGGGGAGGGGAGAUGGUGGUUCCAGAGAGGGAGGAUAGGGCAGGUGGUUGGAUUGAGUGGGAGGCUGGGGGCUCCGACACCCUACUGAGGGAGAGGGUGCUUGCUCUGGGGGUGUGGGACGGGACACUGAUGGCCCCCUCUGGCCCCUCCAGGUGAGAAGAUGACCUUGUCCAUCUCGGUGUUGCUGUCUCUCACUGUCUUCCUGCUGCUGUUGGCCGACAAGGUCCCGGAGACCUCUCUCGGGGUCCCCAUCAUCGUCAAGUACCUGAUGUUCACCAUGAUCCUCGUCACCUUCUCCGUCAUCCUCAGUGUGGUCGUCCUCAACCUGCACCAUCGCUCGCCCAGUACUCACGCCAUGCCCGGCUGGGUCCGACAGAUUUUCAUCCAGACCCUACCUCGGUACCUGUGGAUCCAGAGGCCCAAGGCAGAGCCGACCGUCGGCGAGAAGCCGCUGAUCCUCAGCAGGGCUGCCGAUGAGUACUUCAUCCGGAAACCCAACGUCGACUUCGUCUGCCCGAAAGAGAACAACAGGACGGUCCGGCAGCCAGAACGGCUCUUCUCAGAGAUGAACUGGUACAUGAACGGGGUAGCCCCGCAAACGGCCCUGCCCCCGGAUCUCAAGGCAGCGGUGGACGCCAUCAAAUACAUCGCCAACGAACUGAAGGCGCAAGAGGAAUAUGACGAGCUGAAGAAGGACUGGCAGUACGUGGCAAUGGUUGUCGACCGCAUCUUCCUCUUUGUCUUCAUCAGCUUCACCUCCAUCGGGACGCUCAGCAUCUUCCUGGACGCUAGCUACAACGUCCCCCCUGUUGAUCCAUUCUUCGACCCCUUCUCCUGAUUUCCCCACGCCCCCUCCCCCACUGACCAUCAUUCUCCUUUUUCUGGUGGGGGAACAAUAUAUUUAUUGCGGACUAUAGGGGAGUACUGGGGUUGACUGUGUUAAUCUGUGGUUUUCAGUAAUCUUGUGGUGUUGCCAGCACCCAUGGGCCUGAGUUGGCUGAGCUGGGUCUUUGCUCCUUAGAACGUUGGACGAUAAGGGGUGACCUUAUAGAAGUGUUUAAAAUGGUGAGGCGUCUCUACCCCAGGGUGGUGGUGGGGGUGGGGGGUAGGGUGAGAGGGAGAAAUUUAAAAUGUAUGUGAAGGGCAGCUUUUCUGCGCAGGGAGCACUCGGAUAGAGAGAUAGGUACAUAGACAGAGGGAUAUGGGCCGACCUCGGCAAGCUGGGUGGACACAGUGGUCAGCACGGACUGGUUGGGCUGAGCGGCCUCUAUCUGUGCACUAUGGGGGGGGGCAGAAACCCUGAGAUCAGAACAGCCAUACCCCCAGCACCGUGAAGACCUUUCUCCCCCCCACCCACCCUCACCUCCCUUCACCUGAUUGAAUUAAUCCCCACCAGGGUAACCCCAGUCCUGAUUCCAGUAUGUCCUUUGUAGGGUUGUCGUGGCAGUCAUUCCUCACCCCCCCCCCCCCCCCCGAGGAAGGCAGGGAUGGAUUUCCAAGCCACCCCCACCCCACUUUCCAGAGAUGGAGGAGAGGAGAUUCACUUCCUUGGCUUGCCACUACCGUGGAGAUGUUGGGUGGGGUGGACCUACAGGAAGCCAGGGGUGAGUUUCUGAGCUUGGGGGUUGGAGGGGAGGGAUGAGUGCCCUGGGAGAGGAGUAACUGUGGUUACCCUACAUUCUACACAACAACAGCCCUAUUCUCUCCCUCCAGUAGGAUGGUGGGACACAGCUUGCCCCCACUUGGUGUAGCAAACCGUUUAGAGAUCCCACCAUGCAUGGCGAGGCUCUGACUGCACUGGCUUUAAAAAAAUAUUAAAUGCAGCAAAUCCGAAAUAAAACCCAGAAACACUCAACUGGCUGGGGAGCAGGAGAGUCAAUAUUUCAGACCCAAGAACUGCUCAGUGCUUGCAGCUCUCCAGGCGUCAGCUUAAGCUGUGCAUCGAAAUACGCAGCAAAAUCUGUCGCUUAAUUCAACGACCAACGCAGGCCAAGGAUGUGCUGGGGCAGGGAGGACAGCCUGCCAGUGUCCUCACACUUCUGGCGCAAACACAGCACACCCACAACAAAGCAACCCUGACCUGUACAUCUUUGGAAUGGGGGACCCAAAGGAAAGCCACACGGUCCUGAGAGGAAAAUCUCCUCAGACCGCGGCGGGAAUUGAACCCGCCGCGGUCUGCAGGCGCAGUAAAGCCUUGUGCUAACCACUACACUACCAUGCUACCGUCUGUCAGUUUAUUGCUGGGAAGUGUGGAUGCUGAUUUUGGAGGGGUUGGGAGUGUAAGCGUGGGGCAUGGAGACAUGUUAACCCGAUCAGUAGCAGUGGGAAGUUGGAAAGCCCGAGCAGUGGGGGCCCAAUUUGAGGGGAAAUACAAUGCAAGGCUGAGUUUUUUCUCUCUGCGAAAAAAUAAACGAGCAAAGAGCUAAAACUCCAGCCAGGGUGGGUUGCUAUUUUAUUAAAACAUCACAAGCCUGGUGCUGUUUCGUGGCAGCUGGCCCCAGUUAGCGAGGGUGUAGCCUUGAUGAUCUCUUCAGGAAAGGCCCUGGCUUCAUUCUGGCCCAGAGUGGGUCGGGGGAAUGGGAGACCUCCCAGAUUAAAGAUGGUCUUUACUGUCACACGUAGAGUGAAAUGCCUCAUUUGUGUCAACGAUCAACGCAGUCCAAGGAUGUGCUGGGGGCAGCCUGGAGUAUCACCGUGCAUUUGGCACCAAUGUAGCAUAGCCACAAAUUCCUAACCCUAACUCGUGGACCUUCAGAAUGAGUGAGGGAAUGGUACAAACCCCAGGGUGUGGAGAGUUGUGGUAGGGAACAGCACCAGUUCAAAGCAGGGGCUUUGUAGAUACAGGAGACUCACUCCACCCGGAGCGGCUUAGUCACACAAUGAAGCCAUUCAGCCCAUCGUGCCUGCUCUGUCAUUCAGCUAUGGCUUUUGUUCUCAGUCCCAUUAGUCACAGAAACAGGCCCCUCGCCUCAUCUACUCCAUGCCACGCCAUUUAAACUGCCCACUCCCAUCAACCUGCACCGUGCCCGUAGCCCUCCAUACCCCUUUUGUCCAUGUGCCUAUCCAAACUUCUCUUCGACAUUGAUUUCACCACUUGUGCUGGCAGCUCGUUCCACACUCUCACAACCGUCUGAGUGAAUAAGGUUCCCCUUAAACUUUUCACCUUUCACCAUUAACCCGGACCUCAGUGGAAAAAGCCUGCCUUGCAUUUACUCUAUUCAUACCACUCAUAAUUUUGUACCUAUCAGACCUCCCUUCAAUCGAAGCUCUAGGUACAUUUAUUACCAAAGUAUGUAUACAUUGUACAAUCUUGAGAUUCAUCUCCUAACAGGCAGCCACAAAACAAGAAACCCAAAGAACUCUUUUAAAAAAAAGACUGACAACUGUUCAAUCUGCAGAAAGUGAGAAAAAAAUUGUACAAACAAUAAAAGUAAGCAAAUAGCAUUCAGAACAAAAGUGAGUCCUCAGACAUGAAGCCCUCAGUUCAGACCACAGCUUUAACCUCAGUGCAGUGAAGAGUAAACGGUGUGGAGUAGCAAGCAGACCCUCGCCUCUGGCCCCGGCACCCUGCAUUUUCAAACCAUUUGGCCCAGCGUUUAAAUCAUCCAAACAUCGGAUCACUCCGCUCAGAGACCCGGGUCCUGUUGCAUCGAUACACUCCGGGCCUGGACCCCGCCACCAUGUUCCGGGCCGUACCCGACCUUUCCAAAUCGACCCGGCGCUCAUAUCGAUCGAACCUCGCUCUGUGUAGGUGGAUCUGCCUCUCUCCUCCACUCGGCUCGCACCGACUUCUCCUCGAACGUGCCUUGACCUUGCCCAACUUCGCCUCGCACAGCUACACUUCAACACUCGUCUCAGCUUCACUUCCACUCACCUCUUGAUUGUUUACCACAAUUUUUACAAUAAAAUUGUUUUUCAUAAAGUAUUCACUUGUAUUUCUUGUUUUGUUAACCACCAGUAAGCUGUCACUCACCUUCAGCCACGUCAUCUUAAACCGGAAGAUGCUCCAAGGAAUAAAGUCCUAACCUAUUCAAUCUAUCCAUGAAUUUCCAGUUCUCAAGUCCCGGAUACGUCCUUGAAAAUUGUCUCUGUAUUCCUUCAAUUUCAUUGAUAUCUUUCCUGUAGGUAGGUGACUAGAACUGUACACAAUACUCCAAAUUAGACCUCACCAACAUCUUGUACAACUUCAACAUAACGUCCCAUCUCCUGUACUCAGUACUUUGAUUUAGGAAAACCAAAGUGCCAAAAGCUUUAUUUACGACCCUAUCUACCUGUGAUGCCACUUUCAGUGAAUUAUGGGCCCUUUGUUCUACCACGCUCCUCGGUUCCCUACUGUUCACCCUGGUUGGUCCUCCCAAAGUGCAACAUCUCACACUUGUCUGCAUUAAACUCCACCUGCCAUUUUCCAGCCCGUGGUUCAGAUCCCACUACAAGCCAUGAUAGGCUUUCUCAUUGUCCUCUACACUCUUAAUCUUGGUGUCAUCUGCAAACUUGCUGAUCCAGUGAACCACAUUCUCAUUCAGAUCUAGAUGACAAACGAGGGACCCAGCACCACACACCACUAGUCACAGGCUUCCAGAAUGGCAACAGUCUACUACCACUCCCUCGCUUCUCCCACAAAGCCAAUGUCUAAACCAGUUACCACCUCAUCUUGAAUGCCAAGUGACUGAACCUUCUUGACCAACCUCCCAUGCAGGACCUUGUCAAAUGCCUUGCUAAAGUCCAUGUAGACAACAUUCACUGCCUUGUCUUCAUCCACUUUCCUGGUAACUUCCUUGAAAACUCCAUUAAGAUUUGGUAGACAUGAUCUACUACACACAAAGCCACUCUGACUAUCCCUAAUCAGUCUCUAUCUAUCCAAAUACUUAUAUAUCCAAUCCCUUAGAAUAUCCUCCAAUAACUUUCCCACUACUGAUAUCAGGCUCACCAGCCUAUAAUUUCCUGUAUUAUUUUUAGAAUGGCAGAACCACACUAGCUGUCCUCCAAUGCACCAGUACCUCACCUGUUGCUAAGGAAAUUUAAAUAUCUCUGCUAGGGCCCCUGCACUUGCCUCCUGUAGGGUCUAAGGGAACACCUUAUGUCCUGGGGAUUUAUCCACCCUAAUUUGCCUCAAGACAGCAAACACCCCCUCCUCUGUAAUCUGCAUCGAGUCCAUGACCUCUCUGCUGUUUUGCCUCACUUCCAUAGACUCUGUGUCCAUCCCCCCAGUAAGUACUGAUAUGGGAGUUAGGGUUUGAGGGUCGGCACAACAUUGUAGGCCGAAGGGCCUGUAAUGUGCUGUACUGUUCUAUGUUCUAAAAGAUCUCCUCCAUCUCUUUUGGCUUCACACAUGGAUUACCAUUCUGAUCUUCCAGAGGACUAAUUUUGUCCCUUGCAAUCCUUUUGCUGUUAACGUAUCUGUAGAAUUUCUUCAGAUUCUCAUUCAUCUUGUUGCUAGGGCAACCUUGUGCCUUCUUUUAGCCCUUCUGAUUUCUUAAGAGUUGUCUUGCAUUUCUUAUACCCAAGUACCUCAUUUGUUCCUGCCUGCCUGUAGCUGCUAUGCACCUUUUUUUUCUUAACCAGGGCCUCUCUUGAAAACCAAGGUGCCCUAAACCUGUUAUCCUUGCCUUUUACUCUGACAGGCCCAUACAGGCUUUGAACUCCCAAAAUUUCACUUCUAAAGGCUUCACACUUACCAAGUACACCUUUGCCAGAAAACAACCUGUCAAAAUCCACACUUGCCAGAUCCUUUGAUGCCAUCAAAAUUGGCCUUUCUCCAAUUCAGAAUCUCAACCUGUGGAUCAAACCUCUCUUUAUGCAUAUUUACUUUGAGACUAAUGACACUGUGAUCACUAGAUGCAAAGUGAUCCCCAGCACAAGCUUCUGUUACCUGCCCUGUCUCAUUACCUAGUGGGAGAUUCUACCCAUCACCUUUGCUAAUCAAGAACCUGUCAACCUCUGCUUUGUCAACCCAAUGACUUGGCCUCUGCAGCUGUCUGUGGCAAUGAAUUCCACAGAUUCACCACCCUCUGGCUGAAGAAAUUCCUCAUCUCCCUUUUAAAGGGACAUCUCCUCGGAUUCUGAGGUUGUAGCCCCUGGUCCUAGCCCUCCUAAUGAUGUGUGCUCGAUACAGGCAGUUCAGUGUUUGCUCACUGAGGGAGGGGAUGUGCAGGGUGAUGUCAGACAGCAAGAUUUUUGGGCAUCGGCAUAACUUGGUAGGGGAACACAAAUUAGGCCAGAAAGCAAGAUGCCACAGGCAUUCCAAAUCAGACGUGAGAGCAAGAUUAGGAAGCAAUUGGAAUUGCUGACAUCCUUCUGUCAGACAACAGUUUACAGUGGGAGCUCUGUUAACCCCACACUCUCAAUAAUCCAGCAGAGUUUCUACAACAGUUUCUGGCAAGGUGUAGAGCAAGAUCACAUGAACUACUGGCCCAAGGGAUUAACGUUCCAUCAUCCCCUUCCUCCCCACCUGGGCCAGGAGCAGCUCCUCAGGCUGUGUGGUGCCAAUCCAAUGUCACUGGGAAGGAAGUGGAGUGGGAGGGUGGUGGGCUGCCGCCUACGGCUGGACAGGUGGGGCCCGACAGGUCUCUGCCCACCUGCUUUGCCCCCAGUCCUGGCCCAGUGCAGUAAAGGAACCAAGCAUCUUGGGCACAGCAGGAUCCCAUUCACCUGCCAGACCACCAGCUCUGAAACUCCACCCCAUUCUCCACCCAACUACACAGGGUCGCAGGAUUGAGUCCUGCUCGAUGCAUCCCUAGGCCCAAAAAAAAAAGUCCCACAUGCAGCCCUGGGAGAAUGCUGCUUGGUCUGAGGUCACUGGAGGACUGUCAUGGCCUUCGGGAAGCAUCCAGACAGAAAAACUGGGUGGCACAGGGUAGGCCACAAAGCCUGUCUCGGUGCUGUACUGGCCCCUGUUGUAGAAGGAGCUGGCAGAAACUAUUCUGUAUGGAGGUCACCACCUAGAAAAAUCAAGUGGGCUCUUCCUGUGCAAUUCUCCCAUCAAGCUCCCUGCAGACCAGAGGC